GUGGAGAGCUCUCGGUUGGCGCGGCAGUUUGACACUGUGUGCAACUCUGCAGAACUCUUGUUUAUUUUUCAGCGUACUUUGUAUUGUGUUGAAGUGGAACGCCGGUAUGAGCUCUCUAGGUGGGGGGUGGAACGCCGGUGUGAGCUCUCUAGGUGGGGGGUGGAACGCCAGUGUGAGCUCUCUAGGUGGGGGGUGGAACGCCAGUGUGAGCUCUCUAGGUGGGGGGUGGAACGCCAGUGUGAGCUCUCUAGGUGGGGGGUGGAACGCCAGUGUGAGCUCUCUAGGUGGGGGGUGGAACGCCAGUGUGAGCUCUCUAGGUGGGGGGUGGAACGCCGGUGUGAGCUCUCUAGGUGGGGGGUGGAACGCCAGUGUGAGCUCUCUAGGUGGGGGGUGGAACGCCAGUGUGAGCUCUCUAGGUGGGGGGUGGAACGCCAGUGUGAGCUCUCUAGGUGGGGGGGUGGAACGCCAGUGUGAGCUCUCUAGGUGGGGGGUGGAACGCCGGUAUGAGCUCUCUAGGUGGGGGGUGGAACGCCGGUAUGAGCUCUCUAGGUGGGGGGUGUAUCUUUUGGGAGCGCUCCUGUCAUUGAUCACAUGGUGUGAUAGCAACAUUUUUGCGAAGCUUUGCCAAACAAACCAACCAUCAGGUGUAUCCGACAGACAAUCCUGUCAACAGCUAAGACCCCCUCCUCUCUGUGCUUUACACUGCAGCACUCCUCUUCUCCCCAAUGCAGUCCCUUUGAUGUUCAGUGGCGCUGGACUACUACUGACCUGCCAGACAUGUUUGGGUUGACAUUGUAGUUAAAGGGAGGUUGUUGUUUGAACUGUAUUGAUUUGGUGUGGAACUAUUGACAUUUGGCCGAGAAGAGUAGAACAACCCCCCUCACUCACUGGGAGGUAAUACCGAAUAUUGCAAAUUCUCUAAGGGUUAUGAGUGGGUUCUUUCUGUGUCAAUUGUUUCUAUGAAGUUGCCUUUUAAAUUGCUCUGCCAUUAUUAUUGUGGGAGGUAUUAUUGGUUGGGUCACCGCUGUGCUGUGACAUGUGUUUUAUAUGGUGUCUUAUCCUUUCUACUUGCCAUCUGACCAACAGUCUCCAGUCUAGACAGUCUCUUCUGCUGAUGUGUGUUUCUGGUAGCAGAACUAUCUAUCCUAUUAUUUGCCUUUCAGCAGGGUUGAUACAUGCCUGCCUGGCGCCAGAACAAAAAUUAUUUUAUUUACCCAUCUAACAAUACUG